UCCUUCAUGUACCAGCUGCUGAAGGGCCUCGCCUUCUGCCAUAGCCGCAACGUCCUGCACAGGGACCUGAAGCCGCAGAACCUGCUCAUUAACAGGAACGGGGAGCUGAAGCUGGCAGACUUCGGCCUGGCGCGGGCCUUUGGCAUCCCGGUGCGCUGCUACUCAGCGGAGGUCGUCACGCUGUGGUACCGGCCCCCGGACGUGCUGUUCGGUGCCAAGCUGUACUCCACCUCCAUCGACAUGUGGUCGGCCGGCUGCAUCUUCGCAGAGCUGGCCAAUGCGGGGCGGCCGCUUUUCCCGGGGAACGACGUGGACGACCAGCUGAAGAGGAUCUUCCGGCUGCUGGGCACCCCCACGGAGGAGCAGUGGCCGGCCAUGGCCAAGCUGCCUGACUACAAGCCCUACCCCAUGUACCCCGCCACCACGUCCCUCGUCAACGUGGUGCCCAAGCUGAACGCCACCGGGCGGGACCUGCUGCAGAACCUGCUGAAGUGCAACCCGGUGCAGCGGAUAUCUGCGGAGGAGGCCCUGCAGCAUCCCUACUUCACGGACUUCUGCCCCCCCUAAACCCACACGGAGCCAUGGGGGCAGCAGGGGGAGCGGGACCCGGCGCCCCGCGCCCCCUUCCCCACCCGCUAUUUAUUAGGAUUUUAACCCAGCGCUGCCCCGGGCUGCCUCCGUGCCGCGUCAGGGCCGUGGUGUGCCCCCACCGUGCUGAUGGAGCAGCAGGACUGGGGGCCGGGCCCCGUGCCCCCCCCAGCCCUGGUGGCGGUCGGGGUCCCCCGGAGCUGGCCCCAGGGGUCGCCCCUUUCCCGACCGCGCCGUACGUGGGUGCUGUGCGUGUUUGUUACCGACAUAAAGAGCUUCCCCCACCU